AUGGCUUUUCCGUACCUGCCCCUUAAGUUGGACAACUGUGGGAGUAAGGUGGCUCCGAGGUUUAACUGGAGUGAUCUGGUCCCCAUACGGCGUUGGAACCGGCAUUUGGGACUGCAGGCUGAGGGCCCAAACUUCUUGCUGGAUGGCUCCCAGUUCCAGAUUUUUGGGGGCUCUAUACACUACUUUCGAGUGCCCAGGGAAUAUUGGAGAGAUCGAUUGCUGAAGCUGAAGGCCUGUGGCUUAAAUACCCUCACUACAUACAUUCCCUGGAAUCUCCAUGAGCCAGAAAGAGGAAAGUUUAACUUCAGUGGGAACCUGGACCUGGAGGCCUUCCUCCAGAUGGCAGCAGAUAUUGGGCUAUGGGUGAUUCUGCGCCCUGGUCCCUACAUCUGCAGUGAGUGGGACCUCGGAGGCUUGCCCAGCUGGUUGCUUCAAGAUUCCCACAUGGAGCUGAGAACCACCUACAAUGGCUUCAUUAAAGCUGUGGAUCAUUAUUUUAAUCAUCUGAUUCCCAGGGUGGUUCCACUGCAGUACAAACAGGGAGGGCCCAUCAUUGCUGUGCAGGUGGAGAAUGAAUACGGCUCCUAUGACAAGGACCCAAACUAUAUGCCUUACAUCAAGACGGCCCUGUUGAAUAGAGGGAUCGUUGAGCUGCUUAUGACAUCAGACAACAAGGAUGGUCUGAGUGGAGGCUACUUGGAAGGAGUGCUGGCUACCGUUAAUUUGAAGCAUGUGGAUUCCAUGAUUUUCAACUAUCUCCAUUCAUUCCAGAAAAAUAAGCCCACGAUGGUGACAGAAUAUUGGACGGGAUGGUUUGACACAUGGGGUGGUCCCCACAACAUUGUGGAUGCCGAUGAUGUGGUGGUCACUGUUUCCUCUCUCAUCCAGAUGGGCGCCUCCCUCAACCUUUACAUGUUUCAUGGAGGAACCAACUUUGGUUUCAUGAACGGGGCUCAGCAUUUUGAUGAAUACAAGGCUGAUGUCACAAGCUAUGACUAUGAUGCUGUAUUGACGGAAGCUGGGGAUUACACACCUAAGUUCUUCAAGCUGCGGGAGUACUUCAGCACCAUCAUAGAUAAUCCACUGCCCCACCUGCCUGCCAUAAUGCCGAAGGCCUCCUACCAGGCUGUGAAGCCCUCACACUACAUGUCACUGUGGGAUGCCUUGGAGCACGUGGGCAAGCCAUUUGAGUUCGAGAAGCCUGUCAAUAUGGAGAAUCUGUCAGUGAACCAAGGCAAUGGCCAGUCCUAUGGGUACAUACUCUAUGAGACUUCUAUCUAUGAAGGAGGCACUCUUUUCUCCAAGGACCACAUUCGGGACCGGGCCCAGGUGUUUGUGAACAAGAUAUACAUUGGAUACAUGGACUAUGAAUCUGAAGGACUGCCUAUUCCCAAGGGUCAGGGUCACUGUAAGCUGAGUAUCCUGGUGGAGAAUCGUGGUCGAGUCAACUAUGGACAGAUGCUCAAUGAGCAGCGGAAAGGAUUAAUUGGUGAUAUCUAUCUGAAUGAAUCCCCACUACGGAAUUUCAAAAUCUACAGCCUAGAGAUGAAAGAAAACUUCUUCCAGAGUCUCUGCUCCAUCAAGUGGAAUCAGGUCCCAGAGGAAGCUACAGGUCCAGCCUUCUUCCGGGGGACUCUUCACGUAGACUCUAUAGUUCUGGACACCUUCCUGAAGCUGGAGGGCUGGGUCAAGGGAGUGGUAUUCGUCAAUGGCCGGAACCUUGGGCGCUUCUGGAGCAUUGGUCCCCAGGAAACUCUUUACCUCCCAGGCCCCUGGCUGCACCUUGGAGACAAUGAGGUCAUCGUGUUUGAGGAACAGAAGUCAGGCAUGAUCAUCCAGAGCAUGGACACACCCUACCUAGGCAGGAGCCACUACAUGGACUGA